CUUGAUUAUGAUCCUCAUCUUCACCUUGUGCAUCUUCUUUGACAAAAUCCUCAGCAGCACUGCUUUCUUCAGCUCUUUCAGGUGAUUCUGUCUCUGAUGCCACGUCAUCAUGUUCAGUCUCCUUUUCAUCAGUAGCCAUGUUUCCCUCUUCUGCAUUUUCAUCUUCUGCUGCACUUUCAUCGACAGUCUCUUUCUCAGGCUUUGUUUCUGAAAGCUCUUCUCCAGAUUCAUCAUCAUUUGUAACCUUAGAUGAAUCCUCUUCUUCUGCACUCUCAUUUACAUCUGUUGUUGCAUUAUUUGCUGAUUCAUUUUCACCAGUGGCUGAUUCAUCACUCUCUUCGUUUGAUUCAUUUUCAGUCACAGCUUUGGAGCUUUCUUCUCUUGUAGAUUCAAGUAGCUCGAGUACUUCUCCAUCUGUAGUUUCUUCCAUCUCCUCUUCGUUUGAUUCAUUACCAGCUUCAGUGGUUUCCUCUUCACAUGAAUUUUCUUUUUCUGUGGCGGAGGCUACCUCAACAGUAUCUUCCUUGGUGACAUCAUCAUCCGUGGGAACAGCCUCUUCGGAUGGCUCUUUUGACAGUUUGUCAGCUUUGGCUGUGUUAUCAUUGUCCUCUGUGGUUUCAUCGUCAUUUGUGGUGGUAUCCAUGCCUUCUGCAGAAUCAUCUUCACUGCUAGCUGCCGUGUCCUCCACAUCUUCACUUGCAUCCACAGCCUCCUCUUUGUCAGAUUCAUGUUCAGUGGUGUCCGCCACAUCUUCUGACACAUCUUCUUCUUCAGCCGCUGUGGCUUCAGCUGCUUUUUCCUUCAUUUCAUCUUCACUUGUGCCAGCAAUUUCCUUUUCUUCAAUGAUCUCAUCUUCAGUUGUGCCCUUUUCAUCUGAUUCAGACUCAUCUGCACCGGUUGCUUCCACAGCUGCAUCUUUGUCAGAUUCAUCUUCAGUUUUUCCCACAUCACUUUCAUCUUCAGCUGUCAUUGCUUUAUCAUUUAUCAUAUCUGCAGUGUCAUCUUCAUCAUCUGUUGCAACGGUCUGCUCUCCAUCUUCAACCAUCCCUGCUUCAACAGCCUCAUCCUUCUCUGAUUCAUCUUCAGUCAUGGCUGGCACAUCAGACUCUUCUGCAGUAUUUUCAUCCUCAACUCUGGUGGCUUCAUCACCAGUGGCAUUAUUCUCCUCUGCAGUCUCAUCAUUGGUGGUGGCAUCUUCUGCUGAAUCUUCAUCACUAGUUGCAGCAGUCUCUUCUUCAUUGUCAGCCAUUGCUGCUUCCACAGCUUCUUCUUUGUCAGAUUCAUUUUCAGCUGUGGCUGCCUCAGCAGUCUCUUCAUCUGCAGUUUCAUCUUCAGCAGCCUCCUCCUUUGGUUCAUCUUCACUAUUGCUCUCUUUCUCUGCAGCCAUCUCAUCUUCAGUUUCUGCUUUUUCAGCCGGAUCUUUUGAUGAUUCAUCAGCUGCGUUGUUGUCAUCUGCAGACUCAAGCUUUUCUUCAUCGUUGCUUGUCCCUUCUUCCACAGCCUCAUCAGAUUCAUGUUCACUUGUGGCUGCCAUAGUGGUCUCUUCUGCAUCUUCAUCCUCAGCAGUCUCUUCCUUAAGUUCAUCCUCACUUGUAGCAGCGAUCUCAUUUUCUACGACAAGCUCAUCUUCAGUUGUUGCGUCUUCAGCUGGUUCCUUUGACAGUUCAUUGCCAGUAGCAUCAUUUUCUCCUGCACUGUCUUCUUCAUCUUGGGUGGCAUUUAAGCUAUCUGCAGAAUCAUCACCACUGGUGGCAGCAGUCUCUUCCAUAUCUUCAGCUGCCCCUUCUACCACAACCUCCUCUUCCUCAUCCUGUUCAGAUUCAUGUUCAGUCAUGUCUGCCACAUUUUCUGAUGUGUUUUCAUCUUCAGCUGGUGUGGCUUCAGCAGCUUCUUCUUUCAAUUCAUCUUCACCUGUGACAGCACUCUCUUCUUCGCCAUCAAUCUCAUCUUCAGUUUCUGCCUUUCCAGCUGUUUCUUUUGACGAUUCAUCAACUGUGGUUGUGCCUUCAUUGUCAUCUGCAGACUCAUCUGCAGUGGUGGCCUGAAUCUCUUCUUCCACAGCUUCCUCAUUCUCAGAUUCAUUUUCAGUUGUGUCUGCCACAGCAGUCUCUUCCUUUCCUUCAUCUUCACUUGUGACAGCAAUCUCAUUUUCUAACGUCAUCUCAUCUUCAGGUGCUGUUUCCUCAGCU